AUGGGUGCCGGGAACUCCAGGCGGCCGCAGCCCGCAGAUCCACCCUUGGCCUUGGCCCUGGACGCGCUACCCCCGGAGCUACUGGUGCAAGUGCUGAGCCACGUGCCGCCGCACACGUUAGUGACACGCUGCCGCCCCGUGUGCCGCGCCUGGCGCGACGUGGUUGACGGGCCCACUGUGUGGCUGCUGCAGCUGGCCCGCGACCGCAGCGCCCAGGGCCGCGCAAUUUAUGCGAUGGCCCAGCGCUACCCGCCCAACAGCGAAGAAGAGGAGGAGCUACCGCUCUGCGCCCUGGCGCGCUAUUGUGUGCGCGCGCCGCUAGGCCGCAACCUCAUUUUCAACUCCUGUGGCGAGCAGGGAUUCAGAGGCUGGGAAGUGGAACAUGGUGGAAAUGGUUGGGCCGUGGAAAAGAACGUAAUUCUGGUUCCUGGGGCCCCUUCCCAGACCUGCUUCGUGACUUCUUUCGAAUGGUGCUUCAAGAGGCAGAUUGUGGACCUGGUAAUGGAGGGGGUGUGGCAGGAGCUGCUGGACAGCGCCCAGCUCGAAAUCUGUGUGGCGGACUGGUGGGGUGCCCGAGAGAACUGCAGCUGCAUCUACCGGCUCCGGGUCCGCCUCCUGGACAUACAUGAAAAUGAAGUGGUCAAGUUCUCUGCCUCCCCAAAUCCAGUCCUUCAGUGGACCGAGAGAGGCUGCCGACAGGUCUCCCAUGUCUUCACCAACUUUGGCAAGGGCAUUCGCUACGUGUCUUUCGAGCAGUACGGGAGAGACACACGCUCCUGGGUGGGCCACUACGGUGCCCUCGUGACCCACUCCAGUGUAAGGGUUCGAAUCCGUCUGUCCUAG